UUACUUUGAUCUUCUUUUGGGAAAAUUGUCCAUCUGAAUUCUUUUCUUGGUAACUAAUUUUGUGUCUUUAUCUUUUUUUUUUCAUUGCCAUCUGACACUGAAUUUUGGUAAUAAUGUAGGGGUAGGAGUGAGGACAUUAUUGCACUCUCUUUAUUUUCCUUUUCAUACAUGCAGUAAAGCUCUUGUAAAUUAAUCUAGCUCUAAAUAUUUGGUGUUAAAGAUGAGUCCAACUGAUAUUGCUAUGAUGGAAAAAGCCUUAGUGAAGAUAGAUGAUCCAACAUGUUCAAAACGCAGACGCGUUUAUGAAGAGGAAGAGGAAACUGAAGAGGAUGAAGAGGAAGAGGAAGAAGAUUGUGAAGAGGAGAAUGAACGGGCUGGCACAUCUAAGAAAAAGGCGUCACGUUCAAAAGCUGGAUGCAAAAGAGCCACUACUCGCAAGAUGAGGGAUAUCCCUGACCUCUAUGGUGCAGAUAUAUUCAAAAAUGGACGUGCAACUCAGCCUAAAAAUCCUUACUUCGUAGCAAAAAUACGAGCAAAAAAGAGAGACCACCUGUACAUUCCAGUUGAUGUGGUGAGAGACUACAAUCUUGAAAUCCCUUCAAGAAUGACCAUCCGCGACCCUGCUGGCCGAGAAUUUGAGGCAAAACGCAAGGAUUGGAAGGACGGUAGAAUAUGGCUAACUGGCGGAUGGCGCAAUUUAUGUUGGUGGAACCUUGUGGAGAAAGAUGACAGGUGUAUCUGUGAAUUUAUGAGAGGAAAAGGAAAAAAAAGCCUUUACUUGCAAGUUCAAGUUGUCUAUGAAGGAUCAGUUUCCAACCGCAACAACAAGUACAAGAAAUAGUUUAUUGAUGCUAACUAUCCUAGUAUUUUUAUAUUUAUGGUCUUAAGUAGUGUUAUAAGUUGACCAAUUCUGAAGAUUAAGGGGUGUUGUUUGUUGAAAAUAUUGAAGACUUAUCUAGUUUGUAUUGAUAGCUCUGACAAUUAAAGUCUGCUGAUUGGCAUUAAGAAUGAAGCCUGGUUUGUUUACAUUUGAAUGUUCAACCAAUAUUUAAAUGCUCAGGGGAGCAAAGUUUGAUCCAAGUGCUUAUAUUUCAUUUCUGAGUUCUUUCUAGUCUUAACAAUUAUGCUCUGAGAUUUUAAAUUGUUAGUUCUACAUUUUGUAAGUAUUUCCUUUUUUAAGAAAAGAAAGGAGAAAUAAGUCAAUUUUGCUGUUUCUUUAUCUAAAUUUGGACAAAGGACCAUGGCCCACCCCACUUGGCUGGCCAGUUUUACAAGUUGAUGAGCUAUAAGAUGCCUCAUCCAAUUUUAUUUGUCAGCCAACCAUCUCAACACCCCCCUUAUCCAUUGCUCUCAUAUUCACCUCACAAAAAAUUAUAUCCCAUGUUCACCCUUUUAUUAUCUCUCUAUUUUGGCAAACUUAAAGCACUCCACAAGCCAUCACAACCAGGUUGGUGGUCAGAAAACAAUGGCAACAAUGACAACAUUCUCAGCAGCAACAGUAAGUUCAACAGCCAUUAUAGGCACAGGCAGAAAAUCUUUCCAGAAAGCAACCAAAGUGAAGUACAUUGAUGGAUUGAACUCAUUUGGAGGGCUAAAGGCAAACAACCAUGUUGCCUCAUUAGGCCUCCCUAUGUCUACUGAACAAUCUUUUGCAAAGAUUGUUAGCUCAUUGAGAACCCCAUCAUCACAAGCCAAAGGUGGAGGAGCUUUGUCCUCUACCUGCAAUGCUGCUUCUGAGAUUUUCAGGAUUGCUUCCAUUAUUACUGGCUUGACUCUUGUUGGAGUUGCUGUUGGAUUCGUCCUCCUCCGAAUUGAAGCUGCUGUAGAGGAAUCUGAAUGAAACAUUGGUCUGUAAAACGUUUUUUUCUUUUUUCCUGCAUCAAGAUUCACUCUCUUUUUAAUUCCUAUAAUCCUCUGUUGAAGUAGAAUUGAAUUGUUUUGAAUAUAUAUGUUAAACUAAUAAAUUAAGAGUUCUUCCGGAAA